GAGAGGUGUCUUCUCUGUUCCCGGAGCCUGCCCUGGAUUUAGCCUCGUGCCACUCAGAAGACGCAGCUGUGCUGAGCGUAGCAUGGGGCAGCAGCAUAGCCAGCCCUUGGUGAGGCAGCGGCUCUCCUUCCCUGGCUCCCCAGUCAUGGCCUGGCAGCGCUUUGCAAUGGUGGUGCUCUUCAUGUCCCUGGCAGUGAUGUUGCAUUAUGGCAAUCAAAUCAGAGCAAAAGUGUUUCCAGAAAUCACAGACUAUUCUGAAUCUACGACAGCAGCAACCGUACAGGCCAUGGGAAAACCUUCUCUCCUGCAACCAGCUAACCAAGUAGCAGCAAGAUCAAUGGAUGGUCACGUCACCUCUCGAAUAGCUGCCACAACGUCCAGCCCUGAGACCCCAAUCACACACACAACAAUAAAAACUCUAGCAACAACUUCCCUGGUAACUACAAACAGCACCCCAUCCACCAGCCCAAUAAUCAGCACCCUACUCACAACUCUGGCCACACCCAACAACUCACACACGGCUGCUCCGGUAACUGAGGCUACAAUCGGCCCCAGCGCAGGUCCCAGUUCACCGCCCCGUACCAUCAUCCCACCAGUCCAUACAACUGGAACCAGCCAAUCAACUGUCAGCCACACAACUGGGAAAACCACCCAACCCAGUAACCAGACCACCCUUCCAGCAACUUUGUCCACCUCACCACAAAACAGCACAACCAGUCAGAAGCCUGCUCAACCCACCCACGCCCCAGGACCAACCACAGCCACACACAGUACCACCCAAACAGCCUCACCAACCACCACGGCUCCUGGGCCCACCCUCGCACCUCAGCCAUCGUCAGCCAAGACUGGAACAUAUCAAGUUCUAAAUGGAAGCAAGCUCUGUAUCAAAGCAGAGAUGGGGAUAGAGCUGACGGUUCAAGACACGGGCUCGGUUUUUUCACCUCAGAGAUACUUCAACAUUGACCCCAAUGCAACUCAAGCCUCUGGGAACUGUGAUUUCCGAAAAUCCAACCUUCUCUUGAAUUUCCGGGGCGGAUUUGUGAAUCUCACGUUUACCAAGAAUGAAAACGCGUAUUAUAUCAGUGAAGUGGGAGCCUAUUUGACCGUCUCAAAUCCAGAGAAAAUUUACCAAGGAAUGAAAAGUUCUGUGGUAAUGUUUGAGACUGUGAUCGGGCAUUCCUUCAAGUGUGUGAGUGAACAGAGCAUCCAGCUGUCAACCUGCCUUCAACUGAAAACAGUGAAUGUCCAACUUCAAGCCUUUGAUUUCGAAGACAACACCUUUGGAAAUGUGGACGAGUGUUCGUCUGACUACACAAUUGUGCUUCCUGUGAUUGGGGCCAUCGUGCUUGGUCUCUGCGCUGUGGGUCUGAUUGUCUAUGGAGUCCGCCUAAGGCGUGAAGCAUCUGGAUACCAGAGAAUCUAACUGAUGCCUAGGGGAAAAGAAAAUAAUGGAGUUUAGAGAAUUUUGUCAUCAUUUCCAGGAUAUUGGAGACUUCCCUUAGAGUGUGGUCCUUCUGACAAUGUAAACCACCAUCUUUCACAAAAACCAAGUCAUUUCUGAUUUAAGUUCAAGCAGCACAUCAAUUUCUAAAUAUUUUUUGUGCAUUUUAUGAGAGAUCCAGUGAGCUGUUUAACAGUAUUUUCUACUUUCUUUCUAAAUAUUUUCACCACUCAAAGUCAACAUUUGAAAUAUGUUAGAUUAGCAUAAUGCAUGUAAAGUGAUAGACACCUCCAAAUUAUAAACCAAAGCAUCAAUUGUAAUUAACACUACCUGUGUUCACAUUGGGAAUUUUAUUUUACCCUUCAUCUUUUCCAUUUUAAAAAAUGCCUCUGCUUUAUCUAUAAAACAGACUUGCAGUGCUUUUAUUGGUCACGUUUUAUAUGAUGUACAUCUGCUUGGAGAUCUACUUACCUCCUUUUCCACUUUAAAUGUUUUUUAAAAAUCAGCAAAAAGAGCAACAUAUCACAGGUUGUCUAGGUUUUUGAUGCGACCCCCAACAAGAGGAACAAAUCAGCUUUUAUUUUUAUCUUGAUGACUCCUGCUCCAGAAUCACUGAAGACUAAGAUUUAGGUGGCUAUGAACAACAGAACUAAAUAAUAAGCAAGAAACAAUAAUAAUGGCCCUUAAUUAUUGAACACAUAUGUGCCAGACACUAGCCUAAGCAGUUUAUAUACAUCUCAUUUAAUUCUCACAACUAACAGAUGAGUAAACUCAGACGUAAGGAAAUUAAUCACUUAAACGUCACCCAGCUAACAAGUGGCAGAGCCAGAAUGUUGGUCUGGUACCACGGUCUCUGGUCUUCUCACUAUACCAAGUUGCCUACAAGGACAAUAACACUAAGUGUUGCCUGAAGCCUCACAUGACCAUAUGCUCCCUUUCUACAGAGGAAAUGAAUUUAUCCAGAAUCGUGAGAGAUUGGGGUACAUGAAUGAGGUCUUGAUGGAUAAUGAAAUGGCCUAUCUUUAAUUAAGUUCUCAAACCCCUUGAAGGAGACUGAGGGGCUCUGUAAAACAUUAGUUUCUCAUUUUUAUGGGAUUGUUUAGCUGUGGCUCUAAAGAUGAAAGAAUGGAGUAAACUUCUCAAGGUAUUUUUUAUUUCUUUGAAAAGAGAGACAGGUAACUGCUCACCAACUUUUCUUUCUUGGUUAUAGAUCUCCCUCUUGUGGUAACUUGCUUCUUCUACACUUUCAUAGCCACAUUUUCGUUCUGGUUCACUUUAUUCUAUAGAGCAGCUGGCCAAGAAUAUUUUUCCUGUUUGUUUUUACUGCUAAAGAAAAGAACUAAGUCAGGACAUUAACAGAGAAGACCACAUACCUCUAGCAUUCUUUAAUAAAGGAAUAAUUCAAGUCACCCCAGAGGACAUAUUGACUUUCCUGAUUUGUCCUCUUAUGAGUCAAUAGAGUUGG